AAGAUCGCGGCUUGCCCCUCAUGGCGCGGGCGAACGCGAGACGGGGCGGCCGCGGGGGAAGCCGCAAGGCGCCUGAGGCCGAAAGCACAGAGGCGCCGGCGGUGCAGAUGCCCUAUGGCGCCAACUUCCAGCGCCAAGACCUGCGGCGCCGAAAGAAUACCUCCGCCAGCAAGGGCGGCAAGCAGAGCUCGAAGAAGUUGAACCAGAUGUACGGGAAAGACGGGAGGCUCAAGCGGAAGUACAGCAACGGCCCCGAGGAGAUCACCGGGGCGCCAGUGACGCGGCGCCAGGACCGGCAGCAGCGGCACCAGCAUCAGCAGAUCGCCGCGCUGUCCAGGAGCUCCUUGCUGAAGAUCAAGACCAAGAACGAGCCCAUGAGCUUCUCCUCAGCUAUGACACCAGAGCUGCUGGCGACCCUUCAGGAGGGGGACGAAGUUGCCGAUGCGCGGCCGCCAGACCUAGAAGCAGGUGACGAGCAGGAGCCGACGACGGGCCUCGCGGAGGUUCUGCAGAAGGUCUUCGGGCAUGAAAGCUUUCGGCCAGGGCAGCAGGAAGCAAUGGAGUCGGUGCUGAACAAACAGAAGACUCUCUUGCUGCUGGCCACUGGCAGCGGCAAGAGUCUCUGCUACCAGCUGCCCGCCUACCUGCUCAGAGAGGAGGGUUUGACGCUGGUGGUGUCGCCCCUGGUGUCUUUGAUGUCGGAUCAGUUGGCGCGGCUGCCGAAGUGCUUGCGGGGUGCAGUCUGCAGCGGCCAGCAGUCCCGCGACCAGGUGCGAGAGGUGAUGCGCGCCGUGCGCGCACGCAUGGUGGAUGUGCUCUUCGUGUCUCCUGAGAGGCUGGCCAUGUGGUCCUUCGAUGGCUGCGGCUUGCCGCCCAUUGCCUUGGCAUGCAUCGACGAGGC